AUGGAUGCUAAUGGGUGCAUUGAUCUUGGUGGCCUUUUAAGGGUUACAGCAGGUUAUGGAACAAAAGUAUCGCUCUCUGUUGGAUCGGAUGGACAACCGGAUAUCAUCAAGGAGUGGCAGAUUGAGGAAAGGCAGCAGAGAUUUGCAUCAAUGGUAUAUUUGGGUGAGCAGUAUGUGAACAACCCUACACUUUCUAAUGUAACUUUAAUGAUUGAAGGCAAAAGGUUUUAUGCUCACAUAAUCUGCUUGCUUGCUUCUUCUGAUGCGUUUCGGGCAAUGUUUGAUGGUGGUUAUAGGUUUGGUUGCAUUCUAGGAGAGAGAUGCAAAAGAUAUUGGGAGACAUUUGAGAAAAUGAUUAGGUGCAUUUACACUGGAUCAGUGGAAGUGGAUUUAAGAAUAGCCCAGGAUCUCCUUAGAGCUGCCGACCAAUAUCUUCUAGAUGGUCAAGGGACACAAGAAAGAGAUCAUUCUUCAGAAAGGAUUGGUAUGUUCUCACGAAAGGUAUGGAAUUGUAGAAGGGUGAAUCUGAGGGUGCAUAGUGUAGUGAAGAAAGCACAUCUUGGCCUUGUUACAGCCCUAGUCUUCUCACAGGAUUCAAGAGCCCUGGUGUUUGCAUCUCUUGAUUCAAGUGCAAGGCUUGCUUCAAGUGUUACAAAAGAGAAAACAAACACUGAUAAGAACAUGUCAACCAUGUUUGAUGUGUUGAGAAGGAACAGAACUGUAAAGCUUGAAACUUUAGUCCUGAAAUGUAAACCCUGGUUGAUGAUUUGUCAAGAAUGUUCAGACUAUUUUCCAAAAGUACCCCAUGGAUUGGAUCCUGUCUAUAGUAUGUUUAAACAGCAUGUUGUUGCUGAAGGAACAACCUUGGUCAAACAGUCAAAAGAUGCUGCAAGUAAUAAGAAGGUAGAAAAGAGAUUGCAGGUUGAUCCUGCUACAUGGCCAAUAAUUAUCUUUAGGGUCUGCUAGAAGGAUUGGAGAUUGUAGUUAAGCUACUAUCUAAGACUUCACGCAAAGGACUUGAUGAAUUUAAGCUAGCAAUGUUUUACUUGAUUUGGACAUGAACCCUAAUAUAUCAUAUUUGGCAUGGCUAGAAGCUUUGGAAGAAACGAGACUCAAGCAAAAGUAAACACACAGAGAGUUGUUGGCACAUAGUAAGCUAGAUAAUGCA